GGACAGGCUUCACCUCCAUGUGUUCGCUUAUGGCUGGGAGGAGCUGUAAUGCUGCUCUAUUCACCUGCCCCCUGAAGGGAUACUGUAGGUAGGAUAACUGGCAGUUGAACAGGAAUCCUCACUAACGAACGUUCUGUCUCAGUGAAAAAGCAGCUUGCCAUCGCAUCUAUCUGCCGGUGGACCCUUCCCCCCUUUUAACGUCCAGUGGAGCUCAUCAGUUUGUGAACUUGUGAACAAACCAUGCCAGCAUGGCUGCAGCAAGGAAAGUUGAGCAAGAUCAAAUUCAGAAGCGAACCUUCACCAACUGGAUCAAUGCUCAGCUAUCAAAGAGGAAACCCCCAAACAUGGUGGUGGACCUGUUCAGUGACUUCAGGGAUGGAUCCAAGCUGCUGGACCUACUGGAGGUGAUGAGUGGACAGCGAAUGAACCGUGAGAAGGGCAGAGGCAUCUUUCAGCACAGGAGCAACAUUGAAACAGCCCUGACCUUUCUGAAGAAGAAGUCGAUCAAGCUAGUCAACAUUAACAUUCCUGACAUCAUCGAUGGUAGACCGUCCAUCAUUCUGGGCUUGAUAUGGACUAUCAUUUUACAGUAUCAUAUUGAGGAGCUGGCUAGCAGCUUGUCCUUCAGCUCCCGCCAGUCCUCUCUGGAGUCUCUGGCCAGCUUGGACUCUCGCUCCACCCUCUCCAGCCUCUCCACCCGCUCCACCUCCAGCAGCCCUGUGCCCCCUAAGGGUUCCCCCUUACACAACCGCUUCAGGGUCUCUGCCAAGAAAGCCCUGCUCCUCUGGGUCCGGGAACAGUGUCACAAGGCUGGCUGUACCCUGAAUGUAAAAGACUUCAAGGCCAGCUGGAAGAGCGGUGUUGUCUUCCUGGCCAUCCUGUACGCCCUGAGACCAGACCUGGUGGACCUGUCCAAGGCCAGAACUAGAACCAACAAGCAGAACCUGGAGGAGGCCUUCCGCACGGCUGAGCGAGAGCUGCGCAUCCCCAGACUGCUGGAGCCUGAUGAUGUUGAUGUCAGGGACCCUGAUGAGAAGUCCAUCAUGACCUACGUGGCCCAGUUCCUCCAGUACUCCAGAGACAUGCCAACACCCGAGGACGACAUGCAGAUGCAAUAUCUGACUCCUCCUAAAAGUCUGUCACCUGUCAACCUGCCCACGCACUUCACUCCUGCCAUCUCUGCCUCUCCUCUGCGCCAGACUUCCUCCAAUAAGAAAGCCCAGGAAGUGACCUGCUGGCUUGUGCAAGCCUAUCAGGAGCUACUUGAAGGUUGGGACUCCACAGAGGGAGAGAGCUACGCAGAGAGAUACCACGUGUUCCAGACGUUUGUGGUGUCUUUUAACGAGCAGCGUCGUCCCGUGAUGCCCCUGCUCACGGCGAUGAGACGCACCCCCCAGCUGAGCAAGGAGCAGCGCUCUCUCAGGGGGGCCUGGGACGCUCUCGCUGAAAAGCUGCGAGAGUUCAAGACAGAGCUGGACCUGAGCCUGCCGGCACCGCUGUCCACUGUGGGCCGCUGGCUGCUGAGGGCUGAGGGGGCGUUGGCGGAGGAGGAGGGAGACCCCCAGGACCACGCCCGCGCCGCUAGGGAGGCCAGGGAGAAGAUUGAGUUGCUUAAGGCUUGCCUAGAUGAAAUGCCACAGCAACUGAAGACCUUUCAGAAGUUCCAGAACUCGGACGAAUACGGAGCCAUGGUGGUUCCUUCAGACAAACUAGAGGAGAUGAAGAGAAGGUUCACUAGUGUGAGAGUGACUGCUAAGUACCAUGGGAUCAAGCUGGAGUACCAAGAGCAGCGUCACACAGUGCUGGACCUACUGGGCCAGAUCAACACCAAGCUGCGCACCUGGAAGAGACCCUACAUAUCCCAGGAGGCAGUGCGGGUCCUUCUGCAGGAAUGGCAUGAGUUAGUCGACAAGCAAGAACUACCUUCUCUGCUGGAGGGGGCUCUCCUGAAACUGAAGCUGGUUUCCAGCAAAUACAACGGCAAGUCUGCCCUGGCUUCCGACUCCAGAGUUGUGGAGCGGCAGGUGAAAGAUAUGGAGGAGGAGAGCGCUGCGUCGCUAGAGGCGGUGUUGGCAGUGAAGAGCACGAUGGGGCGAGUCCUGUCGGCCUGGGACUCCUACUCUGACUCUUACAGCUCCCUGCAGGCCUGGUUGGAGCAGGACUCAUCCACCCACGGCCCUGCCCCAGAGGUGUCCUCUGAGAGCAUGGCAGAGUGGAGAUCCCGCCUGGCCCACCUAAACGAGGUGGGUAACUUCCUGGUUGAGCUGACGGAGCCCCAGACCAGCCGGACCCUGGGGGAGGAGCUACGCAGGCUGAACACACACUGGGCUGACUUUGUGACCAGAACCACAUACGCUGCAGCAGCUGAGCCCAGCGUUAGACCAGACACCAGGCCACAGAACCCCCAGGUUCUGAUCCGAGAGGCAAAUCAGAUCAUCAACGAGUCUGUCGAAGCCAUGUCCGGACCCCUGCGGAUCUACAUGAAGAAGCUACAGUUUACGAUGAGGAAGAUAAAGGAGGUGGAUGUGGAGGCCCUCUCUCCCAGCCCAGAAUGCUCGGCUGAGACAGUGAGGAAGGUGAAGAUGGCGCUACCUGAGGUGAUGCAGACCCUGUGUGAGGCCGAGCAGGUUUGUGUGGAGCUGCAGCAGAGUGUAUCCGGGCUGGACUGUCGCCUGGCUGAGCUGCUUCACUGGGAGAGCGAGGCCAGGGAGCUGUACCACGUCCUGAAGGCCGCGGAGCGCCGCGCUCCGGCCGGACAGGACUCCCGCGCCAGGAUGUUGAUCUCCCGAGGGCUGCAGCUGGAGGGCCAGGUGGUGACAGAGGAACAGGACCUACAGAUGCUGGUGCUGAUGGGGCAGAAGAACUCGCCCCUCCGCUACCUCAUGGCCUCCGCCAUGCAGGACCGGGUCAAAAGCUCGGUGGCCCAGUCACAGGAGACUAUAGGCAUGCUCAGCUCUCUGGGCUCCAGGAGAGACAGAAGCCCGCCCGGAGACCAGCCUCCACCCGAGAAGUAUGCCCAGACAGAGGAGGGUGCGGAGGCCCAGACACUCUCGUCUUUCCGUCCCAUGACUCCUGACCCGCCAGCCUGUCAGCCAGAUGCGCAGCGACAGGCCCAGCCAGUGCCACAGAUAGUAGUACAGGAAUACAGGGAGGAGACUAGCCCUCCACCUCUAUUGUACAGCUAUUCUCAGGCUGUGACCCAGUCGAUGGCCCGCCCACAAUCACCUCCAGAGGGCCAGGUUCAGAUCACACAGUCCCAGACCCAGACCCAGACCCAGCUCCAGACCCAGACUCAGCUCCAGACCCAAACCCCGCGACUGAUAGAGCAGCAGGUCUCUGAACAACAGGUAUUCUCCCAGAGAGAGCAGCAUCCUGCCCAGUCUGGGGCGCAAGGCCCGGGCCCAGGUGAACCUACGUGCCAAGCUCCCACCUAUUUACCAACACCAGACCAGAAACGCUCUUUAUCCCAGUCGCCUCAACCGACAAGGCCUCUGACGCCUCAGGAACUGCAGGUUAGGAAGGCACAGGCCAGCAAGAACCGACCCUGGCUGCAGAAGAAGACUCAACAUCAGGACCAGGACCAGUCUCCAGGCCAGCCCCCGGCCCCUGCACGGGCCCAAAUCCAGACAGAGAAACAGGUGCCUGUCCAGGUGGUUCCACAGCACACAGGAACCCCCAAACCUGCUGUUCAGGCACAAUCCAUGACUGUUACACCUUCACAGCCACAGCCCAUAGCCCAUAUCCAGUCUCCCAGCCAAGCCCAACCCAUGACCAAGAGCCUGCCUCAACCGCUAACCACAGCUCAAGGUCAACAUCAAAUGAAGGUACAGGAACCAUCCUCGGCUCAACCUCAGGCUUCCAGCCAGGUCCAGAUGCAGGGCGGGCCUCAGGACAGGAUGGUCCAGGGUCUGCAGCAGGUGAAGGCCCAGAGCAAGCCUUUACCAAAGGCUCUGCCACAGCCUCAUGGCCCCAUGAAGUCACAGGGCCAAGGCCAGCCUCAGGGCCAGGGCCAGGAGCAGAUUCAACCCCAGGUCCAGGCCCAGCUACAGGCUCAGACCCAGCCCCAUCCCCAGCCCUAUCCCCAGCCCCAUCCCCAAGCCAAGGUCCAGCCCCAUCCGCAGCCCCUUCCCCAGCCCCAGAUCCAGGCCCAAGCCCAGGCCCAGCCCCAGGCCCAGCCCCAGCCCCAACUCCAGGCCCAACUCCAGGCCCAGGCCCAGGCCCAGGCCAACAUCCAACCCCAGAGCCAAAUGCAGACCUAUACCCAGGUCCAGAUCCAGAGGCCGAUGCCGGUCCAGCACCAGGCCCAAGCCCAGGCCCAGGUCCACACAUGGGCUCCAAUCAGAUCUCCCCUCCCCCUUCCUCCAGGCCAGCCACAGCCCUACACCCAGGGUCCUAUUCACCGGUCCAGUCUCCACCACCCCAGCAGUGGCCCCCAGUCAGGCCUCAGCAACCCUCCCAGGGCUACGCUCAGCCUGGGGGAGCUUACCCCCAGCCUCCUGCCCAGCCUGGAGGACAACCCUGGAUACAACCUCCAACAGCCUCAGCCCCAGCCCCAAAAGCAGAUCCAACCCCAACAGCAGCCGCAGCCCCAGCCUCAGCCCCAAAAGCAGCCACAUCCCCAGCCUCUUCCCCAACCCCAAAGGCAGACCCAGGCUCAGUCUCAGCUCCAGCCCCAGCCUCUUCCGCAGCCCCAAAGGCAGCCCGAGGCUCAGCCUCAACAGCAGCCCCAGCCCCAGACCCAAAAGCAGAUCCAACCCCAACAGCAGCCCCAGCCCCAGCUCCAGCCCCAAAAGCAGAUCCAACCCCAACAGCAGCCUCAGCCUCAGCUCCAGCCUCAGCCUCAAAAGCAGCCUCAGCCCCAGCCUCUUCCCCAACCCCAAAGGCAGACCCAGGCUCAGCCUCAACAGCAACCCCAGCCUCAGACCCAGAAGCAGCCUCAGACCCAGCCUCAGCCUCAACCCCAUCAGCCCCAGGCCCAGCCCCAGCCCGAGCCCCAGCCCCAGCCCCAACAGAUCCAGGCCUCUCACGUUCUUCCUCAGUCUCCACCAGAGUCUCCAGAACUGCGCCUCAAGCCUCCCUCUCUAGCCCAGGCCCCCCCCCAGGCUUACACCGAGGCUUACCUCAAGGCCCAGGCCCUGGUCAGGAACCAGUUCGAGGAGGCCAAGCACUGCCUGCAGGAACACAUCUUGGAAGCCAUCAACGUUUUCAAGGACAAGCACGUCUCUCUCGAGCAGGCUUCCGUCAAAGAGGAGACCCUGCGCACGCUGGACCCAGAGCUGCUGGAGGAGUUCCUGCGGGCGGCCGAGGGCAUGGAGGCCUUCUGCACCCUGCCCCAGCUCCGAGACAUGGAGUUCUUCACCAAGUCAGUUAGGACACAGUGGGAGGCUGUGAGAACUGAGAUAAGCACCUUUGUACUGCAUAUGAGAUUUGAACUAAAGCGAAAAGACUUUGUUAGAGCUGCCUUGCAGUGUGAGGUGCACUUUAACACAAACCCAUCCAAAGCACAGGCGUGCUUCUCGGCCGAGGGCAGCUUGGCCCAGGCCGGCCUGCACCUGGAGGCAUUGAAGGAGCUGUGUGACACCCUGAGCCCCGAGGACGCCCACCUGCUGGCCCAGGCUCAGCUCAGGGAGUGUGAGAAGAGGCUGGCUGCCAUUCAGCGCCAGUUCAGCGGGGACAGGGACACUCCCGACUCUGGGAACUCUGCCGACAUCAGUCAAGACCUGACACAACUGAAGGAAUCUCCCAUGACGACUGACAAACCACAAAGCUCUGAGGUAUCAAAGAUUUUCGUGAAGACAAGUUCUUUUGAAAAGAAGGAAAUGGAGAAGCAAACAGCUGCUGUCAAAGAGGACGAUCCAGUCAAGAAGGAGGCUUUGGAAAGAUAUGAGACGUCCAAGAAGGCUUUGCAGGUCCAACUGUCCAAGAAUGAACUGAGCAUCCAGAAAGAUCUCCCGUCUGACUUGGUCUCUCUCAAAGACCUGCACACGCAACUUCAGGAAAUACAGGCUUUAAGAUGCGAAACCGAGUCCCUGUGGACCGAGUACGGGAACCACCUCUCCCAGCUCAGACGGCAUGGGGGUGUGGAUCAGGAGAGGGCGGAGGUGCAGGAACUGUGGCGUGGCCAGCAGGCCAGUCUGCAGAGAAGGGGCAGCUCUCUGGGGGCUGCCCUCAGGCAGAUCGACUCCACUGAGAACCACAUGGUGGACUUCUCUGAACGCCUGGACCGUUUCAUCAGACAGCCCAAGGACAUCAGCGCCUUCACGCUGGCCAACACCAACAUCCUGACUGACAUCCGGGAUCUGGAUGAGAGCAUUCAGAGUGAACUGGACCAGCUGUCCAGGUUAGACUCCGAGCCCAACGAACUGGACCCGAGAGAUCGCUCUCCUCUGAUCCGGGAGGUGGAGACCCACAAGACCAGCCUGGACCAGCUCAGACAGCAGGUCCGCAAGAGCGAGGCCGCCGCCCGGGCCCUGGACCGCUUCCUUAUGUCCCUGCGCACGGUGGAGCAGGACAUUGUCGGGGUGCAGAGCGCCCCCUGCAGCAGUGCCGGGCCACUGCAGGAGUGCCGCUCCAAACUGGCUCUUAGCAGGCAGAGCGUGGCCAGCCUUGGGGACAAGGCCCCCCAGCUGGACCUGCUGCUGCAGGGGGCCAGGCUGUCUGUGACCAGAGACGGGGCCCCUGCCUCCUGCCUGGACAUGGUGUCCUCCCUGGUGGUGAGGCUGGAGGAGGCUGGUGUCCGCCUGGCCUCUCAGCAGCAGGUGGUACAGAGGGAGCAGGAGAGCCGGUCCCUGGGCCUGAGGAGGAGGACUCUGCUGGGGGAGCUGAGGAAGGUGCAGGAGGUGGCCGAGAGGCAGGGGCUGAAGGAGCCCACCAUGCCGGCAAUGCAGCAGAGGCUACGGGCCCUGGCCGACCUGGAGGGGCAGCUGCAGGCUCAGCGCCCGGAGCUGCAGAGCAUCAGGGAGGCCCAGGGGAGGCCGGAGGCCGGGGAGGACCCCCUGCAGGAGCUGGAGACCCAGUGGGAGGAUGCCCAGAGAGCUGUGACUGACAGACGAGAACAGUGCAGCAUCCUGAUGGAACUGCUGAAGAAGUUCCAGAGUUGUCGUAGUUACCUCAGUAACACCAUGCAGAGGGCAGAGCAGACGAUCUGUGAACAGGCUUCCUACAUGGGCAGAGACAACCUUCAGAGGCUCAUAGCAAAGGUGUGUGGCAUCAAGGAGGAUCUGAGUGGUCUGGGAGCAGGCAUGGAGGAGAUGAGAGGGGUGUGCAGACAGCUGCAGUCUCACCUGAAGAAGAUCCCUGACUGCAGCGAGGCUCCGUUUGAGGUCGAGGCUGAUGCUCUGGUGGACCGCUGGCUGGAUGUGACAGAGAAGACGGACUCCCACGCGGACAACCUGCAGGUGGGGCUGGAACUGUGGGACAAACAGUUGGGACUGGGAGCUGAAGUGGACAGCUGGGCUGGGGCCAAGCUGGCCCUGUUUGCAGAAAGCCACCCCUUCCACAGCGAAGAACAAGUUCUAGCCAUGAGGGAUGAGAUCAACGCGUACGAGGAGAACAUCGAGCGCUUCCACAGGAAGUCCCUGGAGAUCCAGGAGCUGCUUCAGAGCCAGGAGGCCCCGCUGGAGCUGCAGGUGAUGGAGACCCAGCUGAGGAAGAGGGUGGAGCAGGUGAAGGAGCUGUUCUCGGACAGCACCGACGUCUUCCAGGAGCUGGUUGCGGUGAAGAGACACCUGGCAGACAGGAUGGCAGAGUGCCAGGCCGCCCUCCGCACCAUCCAGGCCUCAGUCAGCACCAUCCCUGCAUCCGACCCCCAGGCACCUGCCCGGAUACAGGACGUGUGUGAGCGCUUGCAGGUCCAGGAGGAGCUGGCUGCGUCCGUGCUGAAGGAGGUUAGCCUGGUGUCCAGCAUGGCCAGUCCGCAGGUGCUGCAGGCCCUGUCUACAGACUGCAGCCGGCUCAGGGAGGCCGUGGACUACACCAAGGACAUGAUUCACCUGAAGAGGGAGGAGGGAGAGAAAGGCCUUCUCAAGCUCAUCAACGACGAGAGCCAGUCCUUUGAAGAGUGGUUCCAGGACCUGCAGCUGUCAGUCAACGAGUGCUUUGAAAACCCAGAGCACAGACAGGAUAUGGAGGCAUCCUUGCAGAGGCUCAAAGGCUUUCUGUCCUCCAAGGCGGGGGAGAACCGUCUGGGCGCGCUGCGUCAGCACGUGGAGCGUGGCCGUGGGCAGGUCCCCUCCCAGCAGCUGGCUCAGCUGACCUCCUGGCUGAAGGAGCAGGAGGAGGAGCUAGUGGCGCUCCGGGCCCACUGCCAGGGCAGAUGGGACCAGCUGGACUCCACCCUCAGCACCCUCAACAGGCUUCAGGAGGAACACGUCCGAUUCCGCGAGUGGCUUCAGGCUCGAGAACAUCAGGCUGCCGACGGCAGAUACCUCGACGACCUUCUCAAAGACGUUCACGAUCAAAGCACCAGAGUGGAGGUCCUCAGUGACCUGCUGGCAUCCGUACGGAGGCAGGGUCUGAGAGCCGACAACCUCCUGAAGGACAGCGACAACCUGCUGCAGCGACACCGUAACCUGGAGGCCAGGCUGCAACACCAGGCCCAGGCUCUGGAGGCCCUGGAGGGGGAGUGUCGAGGGUUUCACACCCAGGCAAAUAGCACCGAAGCCUGGGUGAAAGACUUGCAGCAACGCCUCCUUUUCCAGGGCAGCGAGACCCAUGCUGCAGAGAGGACACGCAUAACACAGGCUGUCCUGAGUUCCCAACCAGAGGGAGACUCUAAACUGCAAGACCUGAAGAGUCGAGCCCAGAGUCUGUGUGAACAUCAGGACCUGGAGGAGAGCAGGAGACGAGAGGUCCAGCAGACCGUCAGGGAGGUGGAGGAGGAGUGGAGGAGGGUCUUACAGGAAGCUGAAGAGGCUCUCCAAAAGGCUGAGAGACAGAACGUUCUGGAAGGCCUGUUCGGAGCCUUUGAAACCCAGAAAGGCAGCUGUAGGGCCUGGGUCAGACAAAGACAGCAGCAUCUCCACUCACAGACCAAGACUGAAGACAGCCUGCAUAUGGCACAGGCCGUCCUGAGUUCUAGACCAGAGGGAGACUCUACGCUUCAAGACCUGAAGAGUCGAGCCCAGAGUCUGUCUGAACAUCAGGACCUGGAGGAGAGCAGGAGACGAGAGGUCCAGCAGACCGUCAGGGAGGUGGAGGAGGAGUGGAGGAGGAUCCUGCAGGAGGCUGAGGAGAGGCUGGGUCAGGCUGAGGCUAAGAGUGCCCUGGAUAAUGCCUCAAGAGCAUUUGAGAGCCAAAGAGAAAACAGUCAAUCUUGGGUCAGAAACCAGAGACAGCACCUGCAGAGUUUGGGCAGCCACAUGCAGAUCAAUGAAAGACUGCACGUCACAAAGGCUGUCCUGAGUUCCCGACCUGAGGGAGACUCCAAGCUGCAAGACCUGAAGAGACGAGCCCAGAGUCUGUGUGAACAUCAGGACCUGGAGGAGAGCAGGAGACGAGAGGUCCAGCAGACCAUCAGGGAGGUGGAGGAGGAGUGGAGGAGGAUCCUGCAGGAGGCAGAGAAGGCCCUCCACAGGGCUGAUGUCCUGGAGAAGGACCACAAAGCAUUCGAAACCCAGAAGACCGACGCUCACAGCUGGGUCAGAGCCCGGAAACAGCACCUUGAGUCUCUGACUGGUCAAGCCAAGACUGAGGGGAAGAUGAACUCAGCACAGGUCAGUCUUUUCAAGGCUGUCCUGAGUUCCAGACCAGAGGGAGACUCUAAACUGCAAGACCUGAAGAGACGAGCCCAGAGUCUGUGUGAACAUCAGGACCUGGAGGAGAGCAGGAGACGAGAGGUCCAGCAGACCAUCAGGGAGGUGGAGGAGGAGUGGAGGAGAAUCCUGCAGGAGGCAGAGAAAGCCCAGAGUCAGGCUGAGGUCCAGGAAGCCCUGGAGAAGGAGGUGAAAGGCUUCAAAGCCUACGAGGAAAGCACCCGGCUCUGGGUGAGAAACCUACAGCAUCGCCUAGUCUCUUUGGGCAGCCUCAAGAACACUGAGGACAAACUGAAGACAGCCCAGGCUGUCUUGGGUUCUAGACCAGAAGGUGUCUCUAAGCUGCAAGACAUGAAGAGUCGAGCCCAGAGUCUGUGUGAACAUCAGGACCUGGAGGAGAGCAGGAGACGAGAGGUCCAGCAGACUGUCAGGGAGGUGAAGGAGGAGUGGAGGAGGGUCUUACAGGAAGCCGAGGAGGCUCUCCACACGGCUGAGAGACAGAACGUUCUGGAAGGCCUGUUCGGAGCCUUUGAAACACAGAAGAAGAGCACCCAAUCCUGGAUCAAAGAAAAGCAGAAACAUCUAAAGUAUCUUGGCAAUCAAAAGAAAACUGAAGAAAGACUUCACACAGCACAGGCCAUCCUGAGUUCCCGACCAGAGGGAGACUCUAAACUUCAAGACCUGAAGAGACGAGCCCAGAGUCUAUGUGAACAUCAGGACCUGGAGGAGAGCAGGAGACGAGAGGUCCAGCAGACCAUCAGGGAGGUGGAGGAGGAGUGGAGGAGGAUCCUGCAGGAGGCAGAGAAAGCCCAGAGUCAGGCUGAGGUCCUGUGCUCUCUCUCCAGGGAGCUGCAGGACUUCCAGGCCCUGGAUAAAAGCAUCAGGACCUGGCUCAAAGAACCCCAUCUCUGCACACCAUCCCUGGGCACUGGGACCCAGGGCAGCCAGGCUGAGCUGGAGGAUAGGCUGAACAAAGCAAAGGCCAUCCUGAGUUCCAGACCAGAGGGAGACUCUAAGCUGCAAGACCUGAGUAGACGAGCCCAGAGUCUGUGUGAACAUCAGGACCUGGAGGAGAGUAGGAGACGAGGGGUCCAGCAGACCAUCAGGGAGGUGGAGGAGGAGUGGAGGAGGAUCCUGCAGGAGGCUGAAGAGGGUCACAGACGGUUGCAGGGGGUCGUGGAGAGUCUGAUCUCCUCUCAGCACCAGCGGGAGAAGACCCAGUCCCGUCUGGCAGACCUCCGACAGCAAACGGCCCAGCUCUCCCGUCUCUUCCCCUGGCCAGGCCUUGGCGACCGCAGGCAGGCCGUGGAGCAGGCCCAGAGCCUGCUGUAUCAGACCAGCACCCUGGCCCCGGGCCUCUCAGCCCUUCGUACCCGGGCCAUGGACAUGUUCCAGCUCACCCAGGACCCCUACUGGACAGAGCUGUCCUGGGCUGAGAUGGAGGAAUGCAUCCCUGCUCUGCUCAAAGACCUGACAGGUGUGUGCGCUGGCCUGGAGGAGGGGAUCCAGGCUGAGAGGCUGUGCACCCAGCUGGUGGAGCAGCAUGGGGCUGCACAGGACUGGCUGAGGGACCAGGUCAAGGGGCUGGGCCCCCUGCCCGCUGACAGGCCGGGUCUUCAGUGCGCCAUCAACACCCUCAAGGCCCUGCUCCAGACAGUGGACAGGGAGGAGAGGGAUAUGAGGGAGCUGGACCAGGUCAGAGACACCCUGCUGAGUCACUGCACCACCGGGGGUCGGGACGCUCUGACCCUGGAGGUCAGCCACCUCCACGAGCUACGCACCUCCUCGGAGAGGGAGGCGAGGGAGCGCCUGGCUGUCCUGGAGGCCAGGCUGGGGGAGCUGGAGGGCCAGCAGGCCAAGAGGGCCCUGGGCCUGAGGGAGAGGGCCGCUGCUCUGCUCUGGGAGCUGCGAUCUCUGGAUCAGGCGCUCAGCUACAGCGAGCCUAGCCCCAACGUAGCUCAGCUGCAGCAGCACUGGCACAGCCUCAAGAACUGUGAGAGGUUACUGGAAGGGUUGGGGGUAAAGGUUCACGACCUAUGCCAGACUGUCAGGUCUGCGUCGACUGAAGAGGACGUUCCUGUGGAUGUUCUCUCCUCAGUAAACUCUCUGAGCGAGCAGCAUGACGGUUUGAGGUCCAGUCUGGGUGAGAGGAAGGAGGCGUGUGGGCAGAAUACAGCCCGGUGCCUGUCAGACAGUCUCCUCACCCUGCAGCGAUGGAUCCACACUCCUCCAGCACUCUCAGCCUCCUCGCUCCAGGCUGUGUUAGAGGAGGGUGCUCAGCUGCAGCACUGCCUGCAGGGGGCGCUAGGUCACCGGCUGUUCCUGGUUGACUGCCUCAAACCAGAUCAAGCAGAGAAGCUGGAGAGAGACAGUUUACAAUCUCUUGAUGAUGCAAAGAAGCACAGUGCUUCUCUCACCCAGUGUCUGAAGAAUCUCAAUAAGAAAAGUCAACAGAAAGUCUCAGAGUCUGAGUUGGCUGCUGUCAGUGAUGUUAAGUCACAGGACAAAAAGGUUUCAGAAGUUUCCUCGCCUCAGAUGCCUGUACGCCCAGCUAAGGGCCAGCAGGUUCAAGUCCAGGACAGUCAGCGAGCAAAAGACCCACCGAGCCGUCCUAUCAUUGAGAAGUCUGUACCGGUCAAACAGGAACACUCUUCUAGAAAAGACCCCACUCGGUCUGAAGCAAGGUGUCCAGAUUCUGUGACGUCGGUGGCUACAACACAGGUGAUAAAGGCUCUUCCUGUGGAGCCUAAACCGAUCAUAAAGGUGGCGACGGUCAUUCUUGACACAGACACUCAGCAGAUACAAGAUCCACUCUCCAAGAGACCUUCAUCUGAGACUGUUGUUCAUCCAGUUGCCAAGGAGACUGUUGUUCAUCCUGUUGUCAAGGUCGGUGCUGAUACCGUGGCUCUUGUCCAGCGAGGAGACAUCACUUCACCGACUGAUCAGAAAGGGCAAGGCUCUCCUUCGACAAACACUCAGGGUAUUGACGAACUACGCUACCCAGACGAGUCAUCCAUGAAACAAACGGACAGAUUGAAGCUUCCUGAGAAGAAAAUGGUCGCUGUGAUUCUGGACACAUCUUCAGUGUUUGUGCAGAUGCCUGGGCAGUGGCCCAUAACCAGCCCUGAAACUGCACGUAUCUUAUCCUCCGGAGGAGCUGUAGGUUUUGAUACCACACUCACUCAGUCAAUUGGUCAAAUGACAGCUGUUACUCAGCCUCCCCUAUGUCUGGAGUCUGAGUCCCUCAGCACAGCCAAUCAGACUCCAAAGCUGACAGAGACACCUGUCAGAGAGUCGACAGAGAAACCCAAGAAGCAUCCAGAACCAGGCCUUCCCCACCCAGCGGACAGAAUCCCCGCCUCAGACGCACAUUCCCAAGACUCUGUGACCCAACCUACGAAGGUCAAGGCAGAUUACAUCGACGGGCUGUUGAAAGACGGCAAACCCGUGGCUCCGAUGCGGUACCUGGUGUUGGAGAUGCCUGUAGAGGUGGCUCGUGCCCAGAAAGAACCUGCUGUCGAUGUUGGUAGAAGUCAACAUGAGAAAAAAGCUGUUACAAGUCAACCUAGUCAAACAAAGACCCCUGAGGUAGCACAGACAGACAGACCAGACAGAGAAUGGACUGAGAUCGACUUAUCUCAGUCAGUGUUAUGUAAAUCCACACAGCCUCCAGAACCCUCUAAAAGAAAAACGAAAUUAUCUAAAACUACAGCAGAACCUUCUGAAUCCACACCUGAACCCUCUAAAAGAAAGACAAAACUCUCUAAACCUAUAACCACGCUGGAACCCUCUAAAACUAAACCAGAAAAUUCCAAAACUACAGUUGAAUAUUCUGAAACAACACCAGAACCCUCUAGAACCUCAUCAGAACCCUCUAAAGUCACACCUGCACAACCUUCUAAAUCCACACCAGAACCCUUUAGAACUAUGCCAGAACCCUCUAGAACCACGCCAGAAUCCUCUUUAACUACACCUGAACCCUCUAAAAGAAAGACAAAACUUUCUAAACCUACAGCAGAUCCUUCUAAGUCCACAACAGACUCAUCCGUAACCACGCCAGAACCCUCUAAAGUCAUACCUGCACAACCCUCUAAAUCCACACCAGAACCCUUUAGAACCACACCAGAAACUUCUAUAACCACACCAGAAUCCUCUGUAACUACACUUGAAUCCUAUAAAACCACAACUGAACCCUCUAAAACUAAGCCAGAACCACCAAAGAGAAAGUCAAAGCAGUCCAAAACAACAGACAGUAAAGCUGUUGAGAAAAAGGACAAAGAGACUCUGGAAGAGGACACCAAAGAAAGAAAAACCGAAGUGGACCAACGUGAGGCGCCAGAGAGCUCGAUGACACCACCUGAGAAAGUGGAACAGGUCUCUCGACGCCACGAGGAAGCUACUUCGCAAACAGACAGACAACAAACGACAGCAGCCCAGAGCGGGAGAAGAGCGGCGAGUGGAGAAACACGGUCGAGUGGAGAGGAUGGGGACCAGUCAGACAGACGGCGUGAAAGACUGUCGGACAGCAAGGAGCCGUCUGAAGCCGUAGCUCAACAAGAGGGGACAGCUGCUCAGAGAGAGGACAGACAGGGCCACGGCCAAGGCCAAUCAGAAGAGAGGGCGGGCUUAUCGGACACACUGCGGACAGGUGUGGAGGAGCAGGAGAAGAGGGGUUUCACCGCAAACAGACAGCCAGGGGAGGAGCCACGCCCCGCUGCCAUGGCAACAGCCACUGACGAGGUGAACGUGGAGAAUGUUGACUUGCCUCGGCAGCAACUGGUCCGCAGCUCUGAGAAGCCUGCUGCCCCUGCUGAGGUAGUCUGUGAUGUUGAGAUCAAAGAGAUGCCAGCACCAGCUGUUUCACAAGGACCCAGCAUGGAGGACAUCUACACUGAGAUCCAGACACUCACCCAGACCGGACCCAACACGGUGCUGAUUGAGGGUAAACGCCGUGAAUCCGUAGAAGGAGUUCUGGACACAUCUAUCAGAGACCUGGAGGUCCAACUGGGCCGACUGCUGGUCAGGGUUCUGGGCUGCAGAAGUCGGCCGGCUGGCCUCGACCCUGCUGCCCUGUCGAGGCAGGUAGAGGAGGCUGAGGAGUGUAAACAAGCUGCACAGGCCCAGGUGGAGCUCCUCUCCCAAUCGAGCAGAUCCGAGGCCGAGGAUCCUGAGGCGUUGGAGCUGGUAGAGGGCCAGUGGAGCGCUGCAGUCUGGGAUGCCUCCACAACCCUCCAGAGUAAAGAGGCUCAGCUGCAGCUGGUGAGCGAGUGCGUCAGGCAGACCCAGGCAGCCAAGGCCACGCUGAGGAGGCUUGCAGAAGAGCUUGAGGCGCUCAAAACAUCUCCGGUGGAGAGUAGCUCUUUGGAGGCUGAGGGGCUGGACUCGUUCGUACGCCGUAUGGAGGAAGAGAGGACUGUCCUGGGGGAUCUGCUUCGGAGCCACACCAAGCUGGUCCCCCACCUGAGCCAGGCGGAGAGGUCCGCGGCCCAGACCCGCUACAGAGCCCUGCAGCGAGAAUGGAGAGGCCUGGAAAGAGCUGCAGAGAAGACUAUACACCACGUCAACGCCCAUGCCAGAGAGAGCAGCAGACUCUUCUCAGAUAUUUCUAGCCUUCGUGAGAACCUGGAGAACCUGGGAAAGAUUUUGAGCCCAGUUGGGUCUCCUCUGGUGGGCCAGAGGCAGGGCCAGCGGGUCCAGGAGCUGAUGGUGGUGGGUGCGGAGCUGACUGCAGCCCGACAGAGACACCAGCACCUGCAGAAGGGCUUUGAGUCUCUGUCCCACGCGUCCCAGUGGGAGAAAGAGAUGAACAAGAUAAACCAGGGUCUCCGUCAGGUGAAGGAGCUGAUGGACCGCAUGGGGGAGCAGGCGUCUUCGCAGUCCCCCACCAGCAGCAACCCAACCAUGGCGAAGAUCCUAAAGGUGAUGAUGGACGCCUUCAACUGGGCCAAGCAGACAGAGACUGACAUCGAGUGCAGGAGAAGGAGGGUGGCUUUGUUACCGGAAGAGGUCCACAGGCAGAUCAAGGAGCUGAAGAAGCUGCAGUCGGAGAUGACAGCCAAGCAGGUCCAGCUGCAGGCCCUGGUGGAGGAGGUGAUGGAGCUGAUCCCUCAGCUGGAUGACAGUGAUGAGGUCCCCACGGUGAACUCCUCACUGAAAUCCCUGGAGAAGCUCUCCAAGUCCACCUCCGACAAGCUGACCAGGGCCGUGAGGGAGAUGGAGUCCGGCUUGCAAACCCGAGAGAAGAUGUCGGAGCAGAUGGCCGACGUGGACUCCUGGAUCGUGGCUCAUCUCCACCGAGCCGUCUCCAGGAGAGGAGAGGGCGAAGGUCAGACCGCUGCCUACCUGGAGCGCCACGCCCGGCAGAUCCAGGACACCCUGGGAGAAGCGGAGAAGCAGGCUGCCAUCUCCGAAGCCCUCCUCAUGAAGAGUCGAGACAUCUCCUCCGAGCUCAGCGUCUCCGAGAACUGCCUCCUCCGUGACAGACUCGUCAACCUCCAAGAAGACGUCAGAGGCAUCGUCAGCUUUGAGAAAGCCAACCACCAGGAGCUGGAGGAGCUUCUCAAGACCCAGGACUCGACCAAACAGAAGCUGAGCUCCGUGGAGAACAGUCUGACUCAGAUGCUGGUGGAUCUGAACCGACACAGGUUCCCCGUCACCAAGGAGUCCCUGGCCGCUCUGGAGCCUUUCAGACACAUGAUCCUGGAGCACAAGAGUGAAGUGGACCGCCUUCAGCCCUGCAUCCCCGAGGAGAAGAGAAAGGAGCUACAGUGCGUCAUAGCUGAGCUGCUUGGUCAAAUGAACACCCUGGAUGCGAAGGCCAAAGAACACGAGCGGUACCUCAGCUUCAGACAGCGUGUGGAGGACCUCAGGGAAAAUGUGGAGGAGCAGGUCCAACAGGCCAAAGAGGAGAGUCGAGGGUUAGCGUGGAGGUUCAAGGCUUUCCAGGCCCUGCUCACCCAGAUCCCUCUGAUGAAAAACCUGUGUGAGGAGUCUGCGGACGAACUUCAGAACAUCUCCCCAGACCUCUACCCGUCCCAACUGACCAUGGAGCGCCAAAGACUGAAGCAGAACUUACAGAGCCUUAACACCUGGGAGAUGACCGUGCACAGCAACCUCCAAAUCAUGGAGUGGAAUCUGCUGCAAGGAAUGCACUACCCCUUCGAGCUGAAAUCCCUACAGGCCUUCCUCUUGGACACCCAGAGAGGACUGCUGCAGACCUGGAGCCUGGAGCCCAGAGAUGAUGUCAUGGACAAGGAGCUCUGCAAAAUUGUGACUUUGAGAAAAUCAGUGGAGGCGAGAAUGCGAGUGUUGGACGUCCUUCGCCAGAAGAAAGAUCCAGGACAGAAGGCUGGAUCCCAGGAGUAUACUGAACUAAAGGAGAUCAAGGAAGCCGUCCUAAGGGAAUGCGACUUACAAAUGGAGAAUAUUUCCAAGGCUCGUGACUCUCUGAGGAGCUACACCUGCGGCGUUAAAUGUGCGGUGCGCUUCCUCCAGGAGGCUGAGACCGCUCUCCUUCCACCUCAGGGCUCCGUGGGAAGCUGCUCUGAGCGGGUCGAGGACUCCCGGCAGGCUUUGGCCUCUCUGGAGGAGCAGUUCCAGUCCCAAGUCCUCCAGCUCCAGACCCUUGGCCCCCACCAUGCUUGCUUCUCUCCCCAGAAGGUGGAGGACCUCCAUGGGAAGGUGCUGAGCAGGCUCCUGGUGUGGAGGUCCACCCUCCAUGCCCAGGCCCAGCUAAGACUGGAAACACUGCAGAGAUGUGCUGAACAUCGCAGAAGGUACACAAAGUGCCAUGAAGAGACAUGCCAGCGUGUUCAAAGUAUGGAGACGUCUCUCUCUCAGCACAUCGCCCACAAACCCUCCUCCCUCCAAGGCUGCGCAGAGCAACAAGCUAAGAUAAAGGUGCUGUCUGGUGAAGUGGACUCUCUGAUUGGGAGACUGGAGGAACUGAAGGAGUGGUGCCCAGAACCUGGUUGCCGUGGCAGCAGGGAGAGAGCUGUUAGCGCCCUCUGGAGGCAGGUCUACAGACUGCAGUGGUGCACACGACACCUGGCGGCUCGCUCACAGAAAGCAACAGCAGAAUGGACUGAGAUCACAGAACAUGUGGAGAAGGCAUCCCGGGUCUUGGAGCAGGUGGAGGCUGAGCUACCUGACUGCUCCGGGGAGAGGAUGUCUGGGGAGGAGCUGCAGGAGCUGCUGCAGCGGUGGGAGCAGUACCAGGACCGGGCGGACUGUGAACAUCGCGCCCUCUCAGCUCUGGAGCUCCGCAUCGCCAGGCUGCUGGGCGUCGCCGCACACCUUGAGCAAGCCCCUCCCGUCUGCCUGUGCGAGAAGCUGCAGGCCCUGCAAGGCAGAUACAAAAGACUGAAGGAGAGGAGUCGGCAGGCUCACCUUGCAGCGCUGGCGGAGCUGGAGGAGAGGGACGCAGUGAGGGAGGAGCUGCAGGUCGUUAAAGUCUGGCUGGAGGCAGCAAACAGUGUUCUGGUGGAGCUGGAGGACUGUCCUAAUGCAGAAGACCUACAGGAGAUCCAAACUCAACUGAUUAUCCAAAAGGCUGUGAUCCAGAGAGUCAUGGACGGAUUGAGGAUCAAAUAUUCCGACAUGUACACCCUGGUUCCUGUUGAGAUCGAGACGCCCCUAAGGGAAGUCACACACACUCUGAAGAUUAUCGAGAAAAAGGUGGACGACACCGUGGAGAAGAGCAGCCCGCUGCAAAGACUCGGAGCCAAGCUGUCCGAGAUCAAGGCUGGACUGGGAUCAGUGCAGGACAAGCUCCAGCAGAGAAGCCCCAGCCUGGCAGAGGCGGAGCGCACCCAAAAGCGGGUGUGGGAUGAACUGGACCAGUGGCACUCCCGUGUGGCAGCGCUGGAGGUGGAGGUCCAGGAGGAGGAGCAGGUGGAUGAGCUGCAGGUCCUGACAGAGCGGGUGGGGGAGCUGCAGCAGCUGCAUUCACACAUGGCCAAACAGGCAGAGCAGAGGACCACCUUCCUCAGCAAGAUCCAGACCUGGAUGAAGGAGCAUGAAGAGAUGAUCAACAGCUCCAACAGCUGGCUGACGGAAGCUCAGUCCUGGCUGACCGCCCCCUGCACCUACACCACCGCCAAAUGUCUGAGGAGCCACGUCCACGCCCUGCAGAUGGUGCUGGAUGACUCGGAGCAGAUCCGGAUGACUCUUCAGGGCUUUGUUUCCAUGCUGACGGAGAUCUCCCCGGUGUGUGACAUCACAGUGCUGCGUGAGCAGCUGUCGGAGGCAGACGGACGCGUGGCCGCCAUGCAGCUCAGCUUCGUGACUCCGCUCUCCCAGAUGGAACACGCCGCCGCCGAGGUGGAGGCCAUUGAAACGGAAGUGAAAUCGAUGGAGAACGACGUGUCUGAGAUCAGGCUGUUGCUCUCGUCCCCUCUAGCUCUGCCCAGCCCCAAAGAGGAGAGCCUGAAGGUUGUUGGAGACAGACUUGGGUCUAUGAAGAGGACGGUAGAGGAGAUCCAGAACUGUAAACCAGGGUUGUGUCUGCCAGAGGAAGCUGAGGAGAGUCUCACUGUCUUCCAGAGAGUGGAGCAACUCCAGCAGCAGCUGACGGCGCUGGGGAGGAUUCUUCUAGAACAGUCUGCAGAGACCAAGCUGCCUUCAUCAUCAGAACCAGUGAAGAAAAGUGCCCCUAACCCAGCUGCACCUACCUCUACCCCAGAGAGGGGACCUGCUUCCAGCCUAGUGGAGCCCUACCUUGAGGGGGCCCAGGAGAACGGCACAGAACAGGGAAGCAUCCAGAUCGUACACAUGGAAGAAGAUGCGUUGAAGAAGCGCGGAGCCACUCUGAUGACCGUGGAGGCCUCCUCCCCUGAGCAGAGAGGGGGCUGGGGCGCAGAUCUGAGCAGGCAGACCCCCCUGAGUGUUCCUCAGGCUGGCGAGCCGAAGGAUGAGGAGGAGGAGGAUGAGGAGGAGGAGGGAGGAGGCAUUUUAUGGUGGCUGUGGGAGACAUUCCUGGGCAGCGAUCCAGAGGUGCCUGAGGUGUCGUCGGGGGAGGAGCCGGCUGGAGCUGGAGAAGCAUCCGGAACUCUGCAGCAAACAACCCUGCCCAAAACUCAACCGACCGAACCUCAAACCAGACAAGACGCAAAGGACCCAGCAGGCUUCUCUCCGGCCUCUGAGGCGAGCGGCCACGGAGCUUUAUCAAAGCCGUUGGGCACGGUCAGAACCCAGUCUUUGCCCUCAAGCAUGGUAAACACCCCCUCGUCUGUAAACCUCUCCACCCCCCCCUCCACGCCUCAACAGAAGUGUGUUGAGCACAUGGGACAGAGGGGGGGUGACAGCCCCCCCGCGGGCCUGAAGACCCACUCCACACACACCGUAGACACACACACAACACACUCUCUCGCUAAGGGCUCCCCUGCUGUGAUUUCCACUGAUAUAGCAUGUACAGACAGUGGGCCCAGGUCACCUGAGUCAGCCCAAGCUCAGCCCUCUGAAGAGCCUCAGGCAGCACCAGGGACACCCAGCAAACAGGCCUCUCCGCCCGGGUGGCCCGUGACGCGCUCCCAGCCUCUGGAGAGGACGUCCACCUCAGUCACUGCACAGACACGCACCCCCUCCGAUCCGACUGACAAAGAGCCCCUGCAGACCGCAGGAGCCCCCGCCCCCCUAGCAGCCCCCCAGGAGCCCCCCACCCCCCACCCCACCCCUCAAGGCUCUCUCAGGGCCAACCAGGAGGACCCAGAGGGUGUGCACCCAGCAGCAGCCCUGGCCCCAGGGGAUCUCCAGGCUCAGGCAGGGCCCUCUCCCUCUCUCGGGCUGCUCCAUGCCUGUCGUGAGCGGGCCACACAACUGGAGGACUGGCUGGAGAGAGCAAGACACGACUUGGGACAGACACGCGGCCCCGGUAGCAUGCAGGUCAGCGUGGAGCAGCAGCUCCUCACAUGCCAGGAGAUGUUUCUGGAAAUUGAGCAGAAGGUUGCGGUCCUGUCAGCCCUGGGCCUGCAGCCACAGGCGAUGGGGGAAGGAGAGGUGGAGGGUGGGUCAGCAGAGACUCAACAGCAGGAAGCGGAGGUGGAGGAGGCGGACGUGCUCUCCUCCAAGCUGGAGCUGCUGAAGACCAGCCUGGUCACCUUCCAGAUCCUGCUGCAGGAGAGGCAGAACCAAGAGCACUCACACACACACCCAGGGGAAAAGGCCUCAGCACCUAGAGAGCGCCCCCCGAAGGCCGAGCUGAGACGCAGCGCCAGUGUCCAGGAGAUGCUCUCCUCAUCCAAGAACAAACUCAUCCGCCAGAGCAGCCUGCAGCAGCAGCAGGAGUUAGAGCAGGAGCUCAGUGAACAGAGAGGCCUGACCCAGGCCAUCGCACAGCUGGGGAGCCGGUCACGUGUCCUCAGCCAGGGCCAGGACCAGGGCCAGGACCAGGACCAGGACCAGGACCAGGACCAGGACCAGGACCAGGACCAGGACCAGGACCAGGACCAGGACCAGGGCGUGGACGCGGAGGGCGGAGCAGGGGGCCAGAGGAAGUGGUCACACCUUCAGUCCAAGCUGCUGGCGCUGGAAGAGACCACCCUGAUAAGCUCCGCUCAGGGGCCAGAGGCAGCUGUGGGCUGUGGGGAGGCAGCUGGAGGGGUGGAGGUGGGCAGCCAUACCCUGGAGGACCUCCACACACACAUCCACCGCCUGAGAGAGCUGGGACGCACGGCCAGGGAAGCCCCCACUGAGGAGGUGCCCCUGGAAGAGCUCCUGCAGAGACUGGACGAGGGUCUGUUUGAUGUGCUGUAUGGGGUCGCCCUGACCCUCUCCUCUGUGAACACCCUGCUGCAGUCACCCCCUGGACCUGCCUGUGAGGACGCACAGCUCCAGCUGCUCACGAGUCUGGCUGCCGAGUUGGACACGCUGGCCAGCGAGCUGGGCUCUCAGGGGUCAGAGGUUACGGGUGUUCUGGGCUCGGGUCAGCUGUGUGUGGGUCAGCUGGGCAGGCUCCUGCCUGUGGUCCAGACAGGCCUGGCCAGCAGAGAGAAACAGCUGCAGACCCAGCUGGAGCAGACGCACCAGCACCAGAGAGAGUUGAAAGACUUGCAUGCAGCCCUCUUUUCUAACAAGGUGGCCAUUCACCAAAUGACUAACGACGUUUCCACCCAAGACACUAGCCUGCAGUUACAGUCAUUGCUGCAGGUGCAGCAGGACCUCCAGCAGCAGGCCCGCCAGUUGUCCUCCCUGACCGGUGACAGCCAGGGCCUGCCAGGUGACAGCCAGGGCCUGCCCGCCACUGUCCUCCAGGAAGCCACCAAACUGGAGGGUGCGCUGCAGAGCAUGAUGGGCCGUGUGGGCAGCAAGUGUGAGGAGCUGAGGACCAGGGCGGAGCGAGAGAGGCAGCGAGAGAGGCUGCUGCUCAGCCUGAGAGAGCUGCUCUCUCUGGGCUCAGAGCGGCUGGAGCGAGAGCCUGGUUUGGAGCUACGCUCCACGGCGGAGCUACAGAGCUCUCUCGACACCCACACGAAAUUCUUCCAGUUCCUGGGGACCCACCUAAGGACCCUGCAGUAUCUCUCCCAGAGGUUCCCUGACAGCGCCCCCCAGGGGUGGGAGGGAGAGCUGGCAGGACUACAGGAGGAAGUGGCCAGAGUGCAGCAGCAGGCCCUGGAGAGAGGAAUGCAGGCGCAGACAACCCUCCAGAUGUGGAUGCAGUGGGAGGAAGACAAUGCCUGGCUGGACGCGUCAUUUAAAGACAUGGAAACUACUUUUCCCAAAGUGCACCUGGAGGAGGACUUGGAAAAACAGAGCUUCUGGAAACUUUCUGUCUACCCGGAAAUGAAAGGAGUUCUGGAGGGGUGCAGGUGUCGCCUGGGCCGUCUGGGGGAGCUGGGAGGCCGGCUGCAGGAGGCGGGCUGCAGGGGCGUGGGUGCGUCCUGGCGCCAGCAGGGGUCCCGCUGGACGGCGUUGGAGAGGAGACUGGAGCGGAGCCUGCUCAGCACAGACAAGCACAGGAAGCUGUGGAGCAGGUUUUCACGAGACGCCGCCGCGCUGACCAGCUGGAUGGACGGGGCGAGGGAGGCGUUGAGAGGGUGGAGCCAGCUCCCUUUCGCAGCCAAUCAGGAGCCAGAUCUAACUGAGGAUAGCCGUCACUACCAACAGUUCUUGGACUUCAGGAGAGAGCUGGAGGCCAGGUCGGAUGUGAAAGGCUCUGUGAUGACCACUGGGGCCCAGCUAGAGCAGCUGAUGGAGGCAGAAAGAGAGACAGAGAGCCAGACUCCAGCCCCAGAGCCCAGCCCCAUACACAACCAGCUGAGACAGAUAGAGCUGGACUGGGCAGUCAUCGUGUGUGAUGUUCCCAUGGUCCAACACACACUGCACCAGAGGCUGAUGAGGGUGCUGCCUCCCCAGGGGGCCGUGGCUGAGCUGCUGGCCUGGCUAGGAGAGGCUGAAGCCAGGCUAGAGCAGCAGCAGGCCAGCCUCCUCCAGCCCUCCAGACCUGACCCAACCAGGCUGCUGAGGAGCUGCAAGGAGUGUCGGGUAGACAUGACUGGCCGUCAGCUCACGGUGGACUUUGUUAACCAGUCAGGGUUGCAGACGGCCAGUGUGGAGGGCCGGAGAGGUCGAUGUGAACAGACCCAGUUUGCUGAGGAGCUGGGACACCUAAACCAUCGCUGGCAGUCUCUCCAAGGAGCUCUGAACUCGCAGGCACAGACUGUGGAGGGGGCGUUGAGGACCAGAGCAGAGAGAGAGGCCAGACUGCAGCAGCUGUCCUGCUGGGUUACGGCUCAGAGGGAGAGCAUGACCCUGACUCCUGUCAGUCUCUCUGACGUGGAGACGCGCAUACAUGCGUCUGAGGCGCUGGAGGAGAAGAUCAGGGUGAAGAUGGCUGCUCUCGAGGAGCUGAGGAUCAAACACGUGGGAGAGACCGAGGACAGCAGCUGUGACUUCAUCGCACAGACAGACAGGGCGCUCUGCGCCUGUGCUGCCCUCACCCUACAGAACACAGAUGUGAGGCUGGAGCUGAACCAGGUGCAGGGUCUCUGGGCCGGUCUGCAGAGCAGCCUGGAGGCUGCAGUCCUGAGCACGGUGAAGACCCAGCAGGUCCUGCAAUAUCACUGCAGCCCUCAGCUCUCCCUCCAGGCCCACCAAGACCUCCACCACAGGCUGCAGGGUCUCCACGAGGAGAGCGAGGGCUGCGACGCGGGUUGGGAGCCCCUGAGCCAGACUCUGUCGUCCCUCAGAGAGAGGGUCAGUCCUUCUGCUGUGGUGCUCCUCUCAGAGCUGCUGAACAGACAGAAAACUAGGUGGGCCCAGGUGAAGCGUGAGCUGGGGUCCCAGCUGGCGAAGAGCCGGGCCGUCCUGGAGGUGUGGAGGGAGUAUGCCGGCCUAGCUGAGCCCUUCUCCCAGAGACUGCAGACCCUGCAGGAGGAGCUGGGGGCCCUGCUGGGAGGAGCAGCCAGGCAGGACAACACCACGGAGAGACUCACCAGCCGCAUGCUCACCCUGCACAAUCUGCAGGAGAGUGCAGACAGUUUGCAGAAUGACCUGGAGGGGGUGCUAGAGGCCUCCAAGGUCCUCAGUGGACGAGUGGAGCCCUCGGCCGCCCUCUUCAUCCAAUCAGAGAGCCGUAUGCUGACCCGUGGUGUCUUACAGUUGACCCAGUCUCUGACUAGGAAGCUGGGUCACCUACAGGAGGAGCUGGAAGAGCGGCAGCAGUUCGACAGCCUUCUGGAGUCACUGGAGAGACACCUGGAGGAGUGGGAGGAGAGGCUGAAGCACGUCCCUCCACACGGGGACACCACCAAGUGUGAGCUGUUGGAGCUGGCCGGCCUCUCUCCUGACCUGGAGGUGCUGAACGAGUUGAGCUUCAGGGUGACCCUGAGCGAGGCCGCCUCUCAGAGGCUGCAGAGCCUCAACAGGAGCUGGGCUCAGGCCUCUGGCCGUGCUGUAGAGGCCUGCAGUGAGUUGCAGACGGAGGCGCUGAGUCACCAGAGUUUCGAGCAGAAGUGUGAGAGCUGGAUGUUGUUCCUCCAGAGCAUGGAGGACAGUCUGGCUGUGGACCUGGCCAGCACCUACACAGGCCUGAGAGAACAGCUACGCGUUCAUCAGAGGUUCCAGGUGGAGCUGUCCAUCGGCCACCAGAUCCUGCACUCUGUCAUCAGCGAGGCCCUCCGCCUGCUGCAGAGAGGAGAGGUGGAGGACAGGAGUGACUUCAUCCUGAGGCUGGCCCAGCUGAGGGGACACUGGCAGGGGGCGGUGCAGCGGGUGGCCCAGCGGCGUGCCCUGGUGGAGGGGCUGGUCAAACACUGGCACCUCUACAGACGCAACCUGAAGAAGCUGCAGAGCUUCCUGGCCGACGCCCACACCCUCCUCCGCCCCACUGGCCCCGCCCACUGCAGCGUGCUGCACCUGCGAUGCUCAAUGGAAGACAUCAAGCACACUGAGCUGCUGUUCCAGAGGUACCAGUGCAGCUACAUCCACACCAUGGAGCUGGGCCGACAGCUGUUCUCCCUGGGGGACGGAGACACCCAGAGCCAGCUGCAGGCGGAGCUGGCCACCCUGCAGGAGGACUGGGAGACCCUGCAAGGCAUGCUGGGAAAGAGGAAGGACCUCACUGACACCAUCGUUCAGAAUUGGGAGAGCUGUGAGGCUGGACUGGGCAACAGCGUUCAAGAGCUGAAGAACAUAAAGACUAGACUGAACCAAUCACUCCCAGAACAUCUUGACCAAAUUCCAGGCACAGAGCAACACACCAAGGAGGCUGAGGACUCCCUGGACGACUGGGCCCAGAGCCUGACGGAGCUGGCCACCAUGAAGACUGACCUGUCCCAGUACAUCAUCGCUGACGACGUCCUGCUGCUCCAGGAGCAGGUGGAGAACCUGCACUGCCAGUGGGACGAGCUGUGUCUCAAGGUGUCGCUGCGUAAACAGGAGAUUGCCGACCGCCUCAACGCCUGGAUCAUCUUCAACGAAAAGAACAAGGAGCUUUGCGAAUGGCUGACACAGAUGGAAAACAAGGUGUCCCACAACACGGAUCUCAGCAUCGAGGAGAUGGUGGAGAAGCUGAAGAAGGACUGCAUGGAGGAGAUCAACCUCUUCAGCGAGAACAAGACGCACCUGAAACAGCUGGGGGAGCAGCUGAUGACCGCCAGCAACAAGACCAAGGAGACGGAGAUCAACGACAAGCUGAAGGACGUCAACGAUCGCUGGCAGCACUUGUUUGACCACAUAGAGGCCAGGGUGAGGAAGCUGAGAGAGACCCUGGUGACGGUGCAGCAGCUUGACAAGAACAUGAGCAACCUGCGGACCUGGCUGUCCCGUGUGGAGUCCCAGCUCAACAAGCCCGUGGUCUACAGCGUCUGCCACAGCGACGAGAUCCACAAGAAGCUGGCAGAGCUGCAGGACCUGCAGAGGGACAUUGAGCAGCACACAGAGGGGGUGGCGUCGGUGUUGACCCUGUGUGACGUGCUGCUCCACGAUGCAGACGCCUGUGGGAGUGACACAGAGAGCGACUCCAUCCAGCAGACCAGCCGCAGCCUGGACCGCCGCUGGAGGAACAUCUGUGCCAUGUCCAUGGAGAGGAGGAUGAAGAUUGAGGAGACAUGGCGACUGUGGUGUAAGUUCAUGGACGACUACUCGCGCUUCGAGGACUGGCUGAGGACGGCGGAGCGCACGGCUGCCAACCCGGCCUCCUCCGAGGUCCUCUACACCAGCGCCAAGGAGGAGCUCAAGAAGUUUGAGGCCUUCCAGAGGCAGGUCCACGAGCGUCUGACCCAGCUGGAGCUGGUCAACAAGCAGUACCGCCGCCUGGCCAGGGAGAACCGCACCGACGCAGCCAGCAAGCUCAAGGUCAUGGUCCACGAAGGGAACCAGCGCUGGGACAGCCUGCAGAAGAGGGUGGCCGCCAUUCUCCGCAGACUGAAGCACUUCACCUCUCAGAGGGAGGACUUUGAAGGCACGCGCGAGGCCAUCCUGGUCUGGCUGACUGAGAUGGACCUCCAGCUCACCAACGUGGAGCACUUCUCCCAGAGCGACAUCGAGGACAAGAUGAGGCAGCUCAACGGCUUCCAGCAGGAGAUCACGCUGAACACCAACAAGAUCGACGCCCUCAUCGUGUUCGGGGAGGUCCUGAUCCAGAAGAGUGCGCCGCUGGACGCCGUGCUGAUUGAGGACGAGCUGGAGGAGCUGCACUCAUACUGCCAGGAGGUGUUUGGCAGGGUGGCCCGCUUCCACCACCGCCUCACCAACAGACAGGUCCUCGAUGACGAGAGAGACCUGUCUGACCGCGACACAGACCUGGAGGACUCGGGAGAGCUGCCCGGAGGGUCCUGGAGGGAGGAGGAGGACGAUGAUGAGGAGAAGGAGGAAGACGAGGGCUCCGUGGGGGUGGAGUCAGCGUGCCGGCAGGGGGUGUGUCACCUGCUGGCCCCGCCCCUGGAGCGCUCCGGUCGGGGGACCCCGGUCAGCGUGGACUCCAUCCCCCUGGAGUGGGACCACACGGUCGACGUGGGGGGGUCUUCUUCUCACGAGGACGAGGAAGAUGUUACCUUCUACAGCGCACUGUCAGAGGUAGAGGUCGCUGAGAGCUCUGAGUCCUUUGUUAAGGCGACUUCCAGAGCGCUGAAAGCAGCCUCGGUGAAGUCAGUGACGGACCCCCCCAACUGGCACUCCCCAGAGCCCCUGGAGAGGAAGCGAGCUCCCAGGGACGUCUUCAGACGCCUGGACUCCUCACCCACCCUCACCCCCGCCACCCCCUUCCACCAGCAGGGCUAUGCUAAGCUCAUGUCAGAGUGCACUGGCAGCAUAGACAGUGUGAAGAGGGUCAAGCUGAUCCUGAACGAUGACGAUCUGGAGUCCCAAGGCCUCCCCUCGCUGCUCCCGGCCGACAGGCAGGCGGGGGCGGCCGUCAUCCAGCGCUGGGAGCUGCUGCAGGCCCAGACGCUCAGCGAGGAGCGCAGCAUCCAGCAGGACCUGCAGCACUGGCACCGGCUCAACUCUGACCUCAGGGAUGUCACGUCCUGGCUGGGCAGGGUGCUGUCGGAGCUGGAGGGACUGCGGAGGCUGGCUCCCUCCACCAGGGUCCGAGACAUGGAGGAAAACAUCCAGAAGCUCAAGGAGAUGCAGAAGACCUUCAACAGUAACAAGUCUCUGAUGAUCACCAUCAACCUGAGUGGCCGUAGCUUCGAGCAGGGCGACAGUGCUGAGCUCCAGGAGCUGCAGGAAGCUCUGCGCUGUGCCAACCUCAGAUGGGCCCAGGCCUGCUCCAGCCUGGACAGCUGGGAGGAGGGGCUGCAUAGCACCCUCAUGCAGUGUCAGGAGUUCCAGGAGACCCUGCACUCGCUGCUGCUGUGGCUUUCCCGCGCUGAAAGCACGCGCUACGCCGUCAACAUCCGCGACCGCGCCGUCUCGCGCGACGCCCUCCUGAAGCACAGAGACGCGCUCACGGCUCUGCGGGAGCAGCUGCGCGGUCGGCAGCUGCAGGUGUCCUCCCUGCAGGACAUCUCCUCCCAGCUUCUCCUGGAGCCCACCACCGAGGACAGCCUGGAGGCCAAGGAGAAGGUCCACGUCAUCGGCAACAAGCUUUGUCUCCUUCUGCGCCAGGUGGCCGGCGACCUGCUCGUGCUGCAGGACAGACUGGAAUCCUGUCCGACAGGUUCAGAGGUGGACAGUGUGGGCCUAAGAUCUCUCGACCGUCCUCUGCUAAGAAAGAAGGAAUCUGGAAAACAACUUCCUGGAACACAGCCCCCCAUUUCUAAAAGGGAGGAGACGAGGGACUCGUCCCCAGCGCGGCCUUUCUUCCAGCGGGUGCUGCGUGCCGCCUUCCCCCUCCACCUGCUCCUGCUGCUGCUGCUGGUGCUGGCCUGCCUGGUGCCCCUGUCUGAGGAGGACUACAGCUGCACCAUGUCCAACAACUUUGCACGCUCCUUUUACCCCAUGCUGAGAUACACAAACGGGCCCCCGCCCACAUGAGGCAUCAUCAACACUGUCCCAUCCCCCUUUACCCCCUCCCCCACCCACCUUCUCACUGGAGCCCCUAACCUGUACACACUGGAGACCCUAACCUGCACACACUGGAGACCCUAACCUGCACACACUGGAGACCCUAACCUGCACACACUGGAGACCCUAACCUGCACACACUGGAGCCCCUAACCUGCACACACUGGAGCCCCUAAGGACUUUUUUUUUUCUGUCUCUCAGCUGCAAAUUGGUAUUUUGAAUUUAUUUAAAAACAUUGUUUAUAUAUGAA